AUUUUCAUCAGGCGAAAAUGCAGACAGCGCUUUAUGUGGCCUUCCAUAUCAUUUGUGUUGGUACAAAAUCGUGUUGACAAGUUACCGAACCAAGCUUUAAAAAAUUAGCUUGUUAUUUUAUUAGUGUCAGAAAAUCGUUAUAUCAGUCAUUAUUAGAGUUCGUUAUAACAUUGACAUCGUUAUUGUCAUUCCAGUGAAGAAAUGUCGACGCCAUUUGAGAAGCCACAAAUUAUAGCUCACGUUCAGAAAAGCUUGAACUACACAGUGUUUGACAGUAAAUGGAUUCCUUGUAGUGCAAAGUUUGUCUGUCUGGGAAACUAUGCAAGGGGCACCGGAGUGAUGCAAAUAUACGAGGUGGAACAUGGAGAGGUUAAACUCGUAAAAGAGGUAGCAAAUGUUGUAUUGUUUGUGCUUUGUUUUCUAUCUAGUUAGCUCACGCUUUUAGCUAGCUAGGUAAGUGUUAGCAUUGUAGUUUGUUCUGGAAAAGUCGUUCGGAUACCUUUGUUACUAUAGCAACUAGUAACACAAUGACCCCUGUCGGUCUGUGAAACUGCAGCAGCGAUUGUAGCUAGAUUGGUUUCUACUGUCACUUGACUGUUGUUAACAGUGCAAUGUCAAAAACACACAUACACGAAUAGCAACCAUGCAUGUUCAUGUUGUUAUCUGUUGCAGUCGUUUGGACCCUAGCGAUAACUAUUUGGACCCCUGUUUCCCAAAGACAAGACAGUACCCCUUUUUGAGGCAAUCCAUCUAAUGAAUUUCAGUAAUGUAGACACAUUUUCAGUAAUGGACAAGGUCACAAGCAUAACAAUGUCCUGUUAUCUUUCACAGAUCGAGAAAGCAAAGCCCAUCAAGUGUGGUACAUUCGGGGCCAGCUCUCUACAACAAAGACAUAUAGCAACUGGGGACUUUGAUGGAAAUCUCAAUAUAUGGUAGCCUAUUUAUUUAUCAACUAUUUUGACAAGACAUAUCACAUGUCUUGUCAAAUAGAUUUACCCUACCACCAGCAUGUGCUGCUAUACAUCAUAAAAGCUAUCUCUAGUAAGAACAUUGGUGACAGUGUGUCCAGACGCCUGGUCCCAGGUCUGUUUGUACUAGCCAACUCCUUUGCGACCAUAUAGGAGACGGUGGCUAUGCAGCACUAACAGAUCUAGGACCAGGCUAUGUGCCUGUACAAUCAAAAUCAAAUGUUAUUUGUCACAUGCUUCGUAGACAACGUGUAGACUAACAGUGAAAUGCUUACGUACGGGUCCUUUUCCAACAGUGCAGAGUUAAAGAUUAGAUAAAAAAUAUAUAUAUAAAAAGUGACACGAGGAAUAAAUACACAGUGAAUAAUGAAUAAAAAUAAUAUGUCUAUAUAUAGGGAGUAGACAAUAACAUACCCUCCUGUAGCUCAGUUGGUAGAGCAUGGCGCUUGCAACGCCAGGGUUGUGGGUUCGAUUCCCACGGGGGGCCAGUAUGAAAAAUGUAUGCACUAACUGUAAGUCGCUCUGGAUAAGAGCGUCUGCUAAAUGACUAAAAGGUAAAAUGGCUAUAUACAGGGAGUGCCAGUACUGAGUCGAUGUGCAGGGGUACUGUACAUAUAGGUAGGGGUAAAGUGACUGGGCAGUAUGUGUGAGUGUGUGGGUAGUGUCCAGUAGGAGUCAGUGCAAGGGAGUUGGUGUCAAUGCAGGUAGUCUGGUUAGCCAUUUGAUUAGCUAUUUAGUAGACUUGUUUAGAAGUCUUAUGGCUUGGGGAUAGAGGCUAUUCCAGCUCCUGUUGGUUCCAGACUUGGUAUUUUGGUACCUAGUUGCCUGUGCGGUCGUCAUCUGAUCCUGUGAUAUCCCCUGUCUGUCUGUAGGAACCUGGAGGUGCCCGACGUGUCUGUGUACUCUGUGAAGGCCCACAAGGAGAUCGUGAACAGCAUAGAUGGUGUCGGGGGUCUGGGGAUCGGUGACGGGGCCCCCGAGAUCGUGACUGGGAGCAGAGAUGGUAAUUAUUAUAUAUUUUUUAAAAGAUUACUUUAAUCCUGAGGGUGUAGCUAGGAUUCUUAGGCAAGCACUCGUAGGAUGCUGUAAAAGAAGAUAGAAUACAGACAGAAGUCAUAAAUUCAUUAACAUCAACUGAGUUUCAAGUUUUAGUUUCAAGUACAGGAUACACAUGGUAUCCAGUAUACAAAUCAAAUCAAAUCAAAUUUUAUUGGUCACAUGCGCCGAAUACAACAGGUGCAGACAUUACAGUGAAAUGCUUACUUACAGCCCUUAACCAACAGUGCAUUUAUUUUUAACGGAAAAAUAAAAAUAAAACAACAACAAAAAAAGUGUUGAGAAAAAAAGAGCAGAAGUAAAAUAAAAUAACAGUAGGGAGGCUAUACAGUGGGGGAAAAAUGUAUUUAGUCAGCCACCAAUUGUGCAAGUUCUCCCACUUAAAAAGAUGAGAGAGGCCUGUAAUUUUCAUCAUAGGUACACGUCAACUAUGACAGACAAAAUGAGGAAAAAAAAUCCAGAAAAUCACAUUGUAGGAUUUUUAAUGAAUUUAUUUGCAAAUUAUGAUGGAAAAUAAGUAUUUGGUCAAUAAUAAAAGUUUCUCAAUACUUUGUUAUAUACCCUUUGUUGACAAUGACACAGGUCAAACGUUUUCUGUAAGUCUUCACAAGGUUUUCACACACUGUUGCUGGUAUUUUGGCCCAUUCCUCCAUGCAGAUCUCCUCUAGAGCAGUGAUGUUUUGGGGCUGUCGCUGGGCAACACAGACUUUCAACUCCCUCCAAGAUUUUCUAUGGGGUUGAGAUCUGGAGACUGGCUAGGCCACUCCAGGACCUUGAAAUGCUUCUUACGAAGCCACUCCUUCGUUGCCCGGGCGGUGUGUUUGGGAUCAUUGUCAUGCUGAAAGACCCAGCCACGUUUCAUCUUCAAUGCCCUUGCUGAUAGAAGGAGGUUUUCACUCAAAAUCUCACGAUACAUGGCCCCAUUCAUUCUUUCCUUUACACGGAUCAGUCGUCCUGGUCCCUUUGCAGAAAAACAGCCCCAAAGCAUGAUGUUUCCACCCCCAUGCUUCACAGUAGGUAUGGUGUUCUUUGGAUGCAACUCAGCAUUCUUUGUCCUCCAAACACGACGAGUUUAGUUUUUACCAAAAAGUUAUAUUUUGGUUUCAUCUGACCAUAUGACAUUCUCCCAAUCCUCUUCUGGAUCAUCCAAAUGCACUCCAGCAAACUUCAGACGGGCCUGGACAUGUACUGGCUUAAGCAGGGUGACACGUCUGUCACUGCAGUAUUUGAGUCCCUGGCGGCGUAGUGUGUUACUGAUGGUAGGCUUUGUUACUUUGGUCCCAGCUCUCUGCAGGUCAAUCACUAGGUCCCCCCGUGUGGUUCUGGGAUUUUUGCUCACCGUUCUUGUGAUCAUUUUGACCCCACGGGGUGAGAUCUUGCGUGGAGCCCCAGAUCGAGGGAGAUUAUCAGUGGUCUUGUAUGUCUUCCAUUUCCUAAUAAUUGCUCCCACAGUUGCUUUCUUCAAACCAAGCUGCUUACCUAUUGCAGAUUCAGUCUUCCCAGCCUGGUGCAGGUCUACAAUUUUGUUUCUGGUGUCCUUUGACAGCUCUUUGGUCUUGGCCAUAGUGGAGUUUGGAGUGUGACUAUUUGAGGUUGUGGACAGGUGUCUUUUAUACUGACAACAAGUUCAAACAGGUGCCAUUAAUACAGGUAACGAGUGGAGGACAGAGGAGCCUCUUAAAGAAGAAGUUACAGGUCUGUGAGAGCCAGAAAUCUUGCUUGUUUGUAGGUGACCAAAUACUUAUUUUCCACCAUAAUUUGCAAAUAAAUUCAUAAAAAAUCCUACAAUGUGAUUUUCUGGAUUUUCUUUUCUCAAUUUGUCUGUCAUAGUUGACGUGUACUUAUGAUGAAAAUUACAGGCCUCUCUCAUCUUUUUAAGUGGGAGAACUUGCACAAUUGGUGGCUGACUAAAUACUUUUUUUCCCCACUGUAUAUACAGGGGGGUACCGGUGCAGAGUCAAUGUGCGGGGGCACCGGCUAGUUGAGGUAGUUGAAGUAAUAUGUACAUGUGGGUAGAGUUAAAGUGACUAUGCAUAAAUAAUUAACAGAGUAGCAGCAGCGUAAAAAGGAUGGGGUGGGGGGGCAGUGCAAAUAGUCCGGGUAGCCAUGAUUAGCUGUUCAGGAGUCUUAUGGCUUGGGGGUAGAAGCUGUUGAGAAGUCUUUUGGACCUAGACUUGGCACUCCGGUACCGCUUGCCAUGCGGUAGCAGAGAGAACAGUCUAUGACUAGGGUGGCUGGAGUCUUUGACAAUUUUGAGGGCCUUCCUCUGACACCGCCUGGUAUAGAGGUCCUGGAUGGUAGGAAGCUUGGCCCCAGUGAUGUACUGGGCCGUACGCACUACACUCUGUAGUGCCUUGCGGUCGGAGGCAAAGCAGUUGCCAUACCAGGCGGUGAUGCAACCAGUCAGGAUGCUCUUGAUGGUGCAGCUGUAUAAUUUUUUGACGAUCUGAGGACCCAUGCCAAAUCUUUUCAGUCUCCUGAGGGGGAAUAGGCUUUGUCGUGCCCUCUUCACGACUGUCUUGGUGUGUUUGGACCAUGAUAGUUCGUUGGUGAUGUGGACACCAAGGAACUUGAAGCUCUCAACCUGUUCCACUACAGCCCCGUCGAUGAGAAUGGGGGCGUGCUCAGUCCUCUUUUUUUUCCUGUAGUCCACAAUCAUCUCCUUUGUCUUGGUCACGUUGAGGGAGAGGUUGUUGUCCUGGCACCACACGGCCAGGUCUCUGACCUCCUCCCUAUAGGCUGUCUCAUCGUUGUCGGUGAUCAGGCCUACCACUGUUGUGUCGUCGGCAAACUUAAUGAUGGUGUUGGAGUCGUGCCUGGCCAUGCAGUCAUGGGUGAACAGAGAGUACAGGAGGGGACUGAGCACGCACCCCUGAGGGGCCCCCGUGUUGAGGAUCAGUGUGGCAGAUGUGUUGUUACCUACCCUUACCACCUGGGGGUGGCCCGUCAGGAAGUCCAGGAUCCAGUUGCAGAGGGAGGUGUUUAGUCCCAGGAUCCUUAGCUUAGUGAUGAGCUUAGAGGGCACUAUGGUGUUGAAUGCUGAGCUGUAGUCAAUGAAUAGCAUUCUCACGUAGGUGUUCCUCUUGUCCAGGUGGGAAAGGGCAGUGUGGAGUGCAAUAGAGAUUGCAUCAUCUGUGGAUCUGUUGAGGCGGUAUGCAAAUUGGAGUGGGUCUAGGGUUUCUGGGAUAAUGCUGUUGAUGUGAGCCAUGACCAGCCUUUCAAAGCACUUCAUGGCUACAGACGUCAGUGCUACGGGUCGGUAGUCAUUUAGGCAGGUUAUCUUAGAGUCCUUGGGCACAGGGACUAUGGUGGUCUGCUUGAAACAUGUUGGUAUUACAGACUCAGUCAGGGACAUGUUGAAAAUGUCAGUGAAGACACUUGCCAGUUGGUCAGCACAUGCUCGGAGUACACGUCCUGGUAAUCCGUCUGGCCCUGCGGCCUUGUGAAUGUUGACCUGCUUAAAAGUCUUACUCACAUCGGCUACGGAGAGCGUGAUCACAUAGUCAUCCGGAACAGCUGGUGCUCUCAUGCAUGCUUCAGUGUUGCUUGCCUCGAAGCGAGCAUAGAAGUGGUUUAGCUCGUCUGGUAGGCUUGUGUCACUGGGCAGCUCGCGGCUGUGCUUCCCUUUGUAGUCUGUAAUAGUUUUCAAGCCCUGCCACAUCCGACGAGCGUCAGAGCCAGUGUAGUACGAUUCAAUCUUAGUCCUGUAUUGACUCUUUGCCUGUUUGAUGGUUCGUCGGAGGGCAUAGCGGGAUUUCUUAUAAGCGUCCGGGUUAGAGUCCCGUUCCUUGAAAGCGGCAGCUCUACCCUUUAGCUCAGUGCGGAUGUUUCCUGUAAUCCAUGGCUUCUGGUUGGGGUAUGUACGUACGGUCACUGUGGGGACGACAUCAUCGAUGCACUUAUUGAUGAAGCCAGUGACUGAUGUGGUGUACUCCUCAAUGCUGUCUGAAGAAUCCCGGAACAUGUUCCAGUCUGUGCUAGCAAAACAGUCCAACUAAAUGCUUUCUUUCAGGUUCCUUCUCGACAAUACAACAACAAUAAGAAAUAAUAAAGAUAAGAAUACGAACAUAAAGUAAAUAGCUCAGUAGAAUAGAAUAAACAUUUAGCAUAAGUAUAAUACAGGAAGGCACACUUUAUAGUAGUACAAUAUUUACAGUACUUUCAGAAAGUAUUCACAUCCCUUGACUUUUUCCACAUUUUGUUGUGUUACAAAGUGGGAUUCAAAUGGAUUUAAUUGUCAUUUUUGGUCAACGAGCUACACAAAAUACUCUGUAAUGUCAAAGUGGAAAAAAAAUUCUAACAUUUGUAAGAAAUAACACUCAUAUCUUCAUUAGAUAAGUAUUCAACCCCCAGAGUCAAUACGUGUUAGAAUCACCUUUGGCAGUGAUUACAACUGUGAGUCUUUCUGGUUAAGUCUCUAAGAGCUUUCCACACCUGGAUUGUACAAUAUUUGCACAUUCUAAUUUUUAAAAGUCUUCAAGCUCUGUCAAGUUGGUUGUUGAUCAUUGCUAGACAGCCAUUUUCAAGUCUUGCCAUAUACAGUACCAUUCAAACGUUUGGAAACACCUACUCAUUCAAGGGUUUUUCUUGAUUUUUACUAUUUUCUACAUUGUAGAAUAAUAGUGAAGACAUCAAAACUAUGAAAUAACACAUAUGAAAUCAUGUAGUAACCAAAAAAGUGUUAAACAAAUCAAAAUAUAUUUUAGAUGUUAGAUUCUUCAAAGUAGCCACGCUUUGCCUUGAUGACAGCUUUGCACACCCUUGAGAUGUGUUAAGAGUCAGCAGGGAGGAGGUGUUGUUGCCAAUCCUCACAGCCUGUGGUCUGCCCGUCAGGAAGUCCAGGACACACCCCUGGGGGGCCCCUGUGUUAAGAGUCAGUGUGGAGGAGGUGUUGUUGCCAAUCCUCACAGCCUGUGGUCUGCCCCUCAGGAAGUCCAGGACACACCCCUGGGGGGCCCCUGUGUUAAGAGUCAGUGUAGAGGAGGUGUUGUUGCCAAUCCUCACAGCCUGUGGUCUGCCCGUCAGGAAGUCCAGGGUCCAGUUGCAGAGGGUGGUGUCCAGACCCAGGGCUCUGAGCUUGGUGUCGCGCUUGGAGGGAACAAUAGAGUUGAAUGCUGAACUAUAGUCAAUGAACAGCAUUCCCCUUGACUUUUUCCAUAUUUUGUUAAUUUACAGCCUUAUUCUGAAAUGGAUUAAAUUGUUUUCCCCCUCAAUCUACACACAAUAACCAAUAAUGACAAAGCAAAAACAGGAUUUUAUACAUUUUUGCACAUUUAUACAAAAUAAUCAACUGAAAUAUCACAUUUACAUAAGUAUUCAGACCCUUUACUCAGUACUUUGUUGAAGCACCUUUGGCAGCGAUUACAGCCUCGAGUCUUCUUGGGUAUGAUGCUACAAGCUUGGCACACCUGUAUUUUGGGAUUUAUGGGGUAUAAAGUUAUGUACAGCAACCCAAGGUGUAAAAUAUUUAAAUAAUGGUUACUUCUCAGAAAGUAUUGAGCUUUUAAGGAGUAAAACAAGGCUGUCCGUUGUCUCCAUAUCUAUUUAUUAUGGCCAUUGAAAUGCUAGCUAUUAAAAUUAGAUCCAACAAGAACAUCAAGGGGUUAGAAAUCCAGGGGAUGAAAACAAAAGUGUAAGUGUUUGCCGAUGACUCAAGUUUCUUCUUAAGUCCGCAAUCUGGAUCCCUGCACAGUCUCAUUGAAGAUCUUGAUCCCUUUUCUGACCUCUCUGGACUAAAACCUAAUUAUGACAAGUGUACCAUAUUACAUAUUGGAUCGUUAAAAGACACAGUGUUUACACUACCUUGUAGUUUACCAAUAAAAUGGACGGAUGGUGAAGUAGACGUACUUGGUAUUCAUAUCUAAAAAAAAUAUCAAUUAACUUACCACAAUCAAUUUAAAUAGGAAGUUAGCAAAAAUAGAUAAGAUUCUGCAACCAUGGAGAGGUAAAUACUUGUCUAUUUAUGGAAAAAUCACAUUGAUUAACUCUUUGGUCCUAUCUCAGUUUACUUACUUACUGAUGGCGCUGCCUACUCCAGACAACUCGUUUUUUUAAAUCAUAUGAGCAAAAAGUAUUUCAUUUUAUUUGGAAUGCUAAGCCAGACAAAAAAAAAAGAUUGUGGGAGGUGUUUUGUUAGACUUCAGUGCGGCUUUUGACGUCAUCGAUCAUAGUCUGCUGCUGGAAAAACAUAUUUAUUAUGGCUUUACACCCCCUGCUAUAUUGUGGAUAAAGAGUUACCUGUCUAACAGAACACAGAGGGUGUUCUUUAAUGGAAGCCUCUCCAAAAUAAUCCAGGUAGAAUCACGCAUUCUCCAGGGCAGCUGUCUAGGCCCCUUACUUUUUUCAAUUUUUACUAAUGACAUACCACUGGCUUUGAGUAAAGCCAGUGUGUCUAUGAAUGCGGAUGACUCAACACUAUACACGUCAGCUACUACAGUGAGUGAAAUCACUGCAACACUUAACAAAGAGCUACAGUUAGUUUCAGAAUGGGUGGCAAUAAAUAAGUUAGUCCUAAAUAUUUCAAAAAACUAAAAGCAUUGUAUUUGGGACAAAUCAUUCACUAAACCAUAAACGCCAACUAAAUAUUGUAAUGAAUAAUGUGGAAAUUGAGAAAGUUGAGGUGACUAAACUGCUUGGAGUAACCCUGGAUUGUAAACCGUCAUGGUCAAAACAUGUUGAUGCAACAGUAGAAGUCUGUCCAUAAUAAAGUGAUGCUCUGCCUUUUUAACAGCACUAUCAACAAAGCAGGUCCUACUGGCCCUUGUUUUGUAGCACCUGGACUACUGUUCAGUCGUGGGGUCAGGUGCCACAAGGAGGGACUAUUGGCUCCGAUCAGGGCAGCGCGGCUGGCCCUUAAAUGUACACGGAGAGCUAACGUUAAUAAUAUGCAUGUCAAUCUCUCAUGGCUCAAAGUGGAGGAGAGAUCGACUUCAUCACUACUUGUUUUUGUAAGAAGUGUUGACAUGCUGAAUGCACCGAGGUGUCUGUUUUAAACUACUAGCACACAGCUCGGACACCCAUGCAUACCCCAUAAGACAUGCCACCAGAGGUCUCUUCGCAAUCUCCAAGUCCAGAACGGACUAUGGGAGGCGCACAGUACUACAUAGAGCCAUGGCUACAUGGAACUCCAUUUCACAUCAGAUAACUGAUACAAGCAGUAGAAUCCGAUUUUUUUUCCAAAACAGCCUCUUGAAGCACUUCAUGAUGACUGGGGUGAGUGCGACAAGGCGAUAGUCAUUUGGCCAUGUCGCCUUGAUUUUCUUGGACACUGGGAUGAUGGUGGUCACAGGUUGAAGAUGUCCGAGAAGAGAGCCAACAGUUGGUCAGCACAAACUCUGAGGACGCGACCAGCAGGGUUCUUACAGUCAUGAAAAUCCUGGAAAAGUCAUGGAAUUUUAAAAUGGUGUUUUCCAGGCCUGGAAAAGUUUUGGGAAAAUGAUAAAAAUCCCAAAAAGUCAUGGAAAUUAAUUUCAUAAUUUCUGUAAAUGUAAUUUAGUUAGGCACAGUUUUAUAAAUAUGUUAUCAAUCAAUUUACAAAUCAACAUAUCAGCCAGGAUCGGAAUGACACUUUAGCGCGGCUGUGUAUGCAUGCAUCACCUGCAUGUGUGCGAAACGAAUGGGCCGCAGUGUUGCCAACUUAGUGACUGUCGCUAGAUUUAUGCUCCUUUGAGACCCCUCUUUCAAAGUCACUGAGAUCUCUUCUUCUAGCCAUGGUAGCCAAAAUGAUGGCCAACUGGGCAUUUUUAUACAUGACCCUAAGCAUGAUGGGAUGUUCAUGGCUUAAUUAAGUCAGGAACCACACUUGUGUGGAAGCACCUGCUUUCGAUAUACUUGUAUCUCUCAUUUACUCGUUUCCUUUAUAUUGUCAGUUGCCUGUAUAUUCCUCAAUGUUGAUGGACGAGUCCUGGAUGGAUUAAUCUUUUAACAUAUUCCAAUCAGUAUUCUCAAAACAGUCCUGCAGUGCCGCCAUCUUACAUGAGGCAUCAAAAUAUGUGUUUAAUGUUAUCCCUGCUGUCUGUGUUCUGUCUUCCAGGGACAGUGAAGGUGUGGGACCCCAGACAGAAGGACUCACCUGUGGCGAACAUGGAGCCAGGGGAGGGGGAGGCCAAGAGAGACUGCUGGACCGUAGCUUUUGGUACGUAUGGGGAAAAAUACUAGCAUAAUGGAAACCCGUGGUUUCCCAUGCUGCAUCGCUCCUGUCACUUCACUCAUCUGCGCUCAUCUCAAAUCUGCAUUGGGACGCAGGAAUGAAUAGAUCUCAUGUUAUCCUUCGCUUGCAGAAAUUAGCAAAGCAUAGGUCCUAAAUGUCUAAGUUACUACAUUUAAAACACCAUCAUAAUGAUAAUUUAACCCCUCUGAGUAAAGUCUGUUUGACCAUUUCUUCUCCAGGCCACGCCUUCAAUGACCAGGACCGCUGUGUGUGUGCUGGCUACGACAACGGAGACAUCAAGCUCUUUGACCUCAGGAACAUGUCUCUCCGGUGGGAAACCAACAUUAAAAAUGGGGUGAGGCCACCUGAAGAUGCCAAGGGCCGGUUUCCUGCACCCAGAUUAAAGGGAGAGUGCCAGAUUUAGGCAAUUGAGCUAUUUUUCGAUUUACCCAGAGACAGAUUAACUGAUGGGUAAAAAUGGUAUGUCUCUGCGUGCAGUGUGCUAGCUGUACCUGUAGACCUCCAGUCAUCGUGCUAACGCUAGUUAGCAACAUCUCUUAAAACUAUCUUGAACCUUCUUCAUACUGGACGCAGAGGCAUACUGGACACAGAGACAUACAGGACGCAGAGACAUAUCAAUUAGUUAAUUUACUCUGGGUAAGUAUAAAUUGUUGGCUGGUUUCCUGGACACAGAUUAAGCCUUCUUCUCAACUAAAAUCUCGCACUGUCCCUUUAAGCUCAGUUCUAUUCUGAAAUGCACUUUCAAUGGAGAUUCUAGUCGAGAAGAAUGCUUAGGGCUCUGUUCUAUCCGCACCGCGGAAGUUCAGCUUUACAGCGUGAUUGAAAUGUAAAGGCAAUGUUCCCGCUUUAGCGGAGACUGCGUUCAGGGUAAACGCUGCAAUAUGUCGGCUCAAUCGGAAAUGACCUUUACAUUUCUAUGGCGGAAUCGGUAAUGCUUCAGCAUUACAGGUUGAAUAGAGCCCUUAAUCUGUGUCCAGGAAAUCAGCCCUGAAUGUCUGGAGAAUUAUAUGGUAGUAGUGGUCUGUACCUUCUUUUUGCUCGAUUCGAUAUUGACACAGUAACAGCAGAAUAGCAGCUACCUUCAUAUUGUGACUAUGAACAGCCAACCUUGAUAUACGUUAAAGGCCCAGUGCAGUCAAAAUUCAGUUUUUCCUGUGUUUUGUAUCAUAUUGUACAACAGCUGAUGAAACUAACACUUUAAAGGUGUGAAAAAUGUUGAUCAGUGUUAUUUCCUGAUAGUUGCUGGUUGAAAAUACAAUCUACACAGGACCUUCUAAUCAGCCUGUUUGAAUGGGCAGGAGUUUUGGCUUGUUUAGUAGACCAAUAACAAUGAGUUCCAAACCUCUCUGCCAAUAACAGCUAGUUUUAAGUUCCCCCCUCCCCACUCAGACCAUUCCCAGACAGUCCAAGCAAAAUUAUUGCUUGAGAAAGUGUUUUUUGUUGCAAAAAAAGCAAUUUUUGUCAAUUUUAAUGGAAAACUAUUACAAUUUUUACCUUUUGACAUUGGACAUUUUGAAAUGUUUUUCCUGGAUUAUUGGUGUUGUGUAUGUAAUGUUUCAUGCUCUUAUACAUGUCUAUCUGUAUUCUACAAGGGCCCAUUUUUUCCCCUUUCAACACUGAGACCCAAUCGGUGGAAAAAGUAUAUUUUAAUAUAUUACGUGUAUACUUAAAUAUACUACGAAUUAAUAGAAUAUACUUCAAAAUACCAGAUGUACUUUUCUAGUAUAUCAUUAAGUAUGCUUUACACAUACUAUCAUUUCACUUCAAUACACUUCUAGGAGCUGAAGUUAGUUCUACUGAGGACAUUUAUCUGCUAGGAGCUGAAGUUAGUUCUACUGAGGACAUUUCUCUCGGUGCUAGGAGAUGAAGUUAGUUCUACUGUGGACAUUUCUCUGCUAGGAGCUGAAGUUAGUUCUACUGGGGACAUUUCUCUCGGUGCUAGGAGCUGAAGUUAGUUCUACUGAGGACAUUUCUCUGCUAGGAGCUAAAGUUAGUUCUACUGAGGACAUUUCUCUCGGUGCUAGGAGCUGAAGUUAGUUCUACUGAGGACAUUUCUCUGCUAGGAGCUGAAGUUAGUUCUACUGAGGUCAUUUCUCUGCUAAGAGCUGAAGUUAGUUCUACUGAGGUCAUUUCUCUGCUAGGAGCUAAAGUUAGUUCUACUGAGGACAUUUCUCUCGGUGCUAGGAGCUGAAGUUAGUUCUACUGAGGACAUUUCUCUCGGUGCUAGGAGCUGAAGUUAGUUCUACUGAGGACAUUUCUCUGCUAGGAGCUGAAGUUAGUUCUAUUGAGGACAUUUCUCUGCUAGGAGCUGAAGUUAGUUCUACUGAGGUCAUUUCUCUGCUAGGAGCUGAAGUUAGUUCUGCUGAGGUCAUUUCUCUGCUAGGAGCUGAAGUUAGUUCUACUGAGGACAUUUCUCUGCUAGGAGCUGAAGUUAGUUCUGCUGAGGUCAUUUCUCUGCUAGGAGCUGAAGUUAGUUCUGCUGAGGUCAUUUCUCUGCUAGGAGCUGAAGUUAGUUCUACUGAGGACAUUUCUCUGCUAGGAGCUGAAGUUAGUUCUGCUGAGGUCAUUUCUCUGCUAGGAGCUGAAGUUAGUUCUACUGAGGACAUUUCUCUGCUAGGAGCUGAAGUUAGUUCUACUGAAGUCAUUUCUCUCAGUGCUAGGAGCUGAAGUUAGUUCUACUGAGGUCAUUUCUCUGCUAGGAGCUGAAGUUAGUUCUACUGAGGUCAUUUCUCUGCUAGGAGCUGAAGUUAGUUCUACUGAGGUCAUUUUUCUGCUAGGAGCUGAAGUUAGUUCUACUGAGGUCAUUUCUCUCAGUGCUAGGAGCUGAAGUUAGUUCUACUGAGGACAUUUCUCUGCUAGGAGCUGAAGUUAGUUCUACUGAGGUCAUUUCUCUCAGUGCUAGGAGCUGAAGUUAGUUCUACUGAGGUCAUUUCUCUGGUAUGGCUCGGCUGUCCGGCUGUCCGCUCCAAGGACUCAGUGCCUCAUUGUGUUAUUUUCUUUUAUAACUGUCCGGCAGGUAUGCCACGUGGAGUUUGACAGGAAGGAUAUCAACAUGAACAAGCUAGUGGCCACUUCAUUGGAGGGGAAAUUCCACGUCUUUGACAUGAGGACCCAGCACCCCACCAAGGGCUUCGACUCCGUUUCCGAAAAGGUAAUUAGCGAAAUAGAAGGCUUACCUUUGGUGGGGUGCUGACGGGAAAAGCGUCAAAGGUUAUUUUUCAUCCUCCGGUGCCGGUGAGUCCGUUGUGGUUACGGAGAGAGAGAAAGUCAGUUUGAAUGUUUUCACAACUGGAUCUGUGUUUUUCUUACAUGCUCAUUGCCAUGAAGUUGCCUGCCAAAGACCACAUACGGUCGGAGGAGAGCGAGUGUGGCUUUUUCAAUCGUUCCUCUGUGAAAUGAAAACACACUUGACUAAAUUGCAUUAAAGCCCAGGGGUGCGUCCCACAUGGCACUCUUUCCACUAUAUAGUACACUACUUUUGACCAGAGCCCUAUGGGUAACCUAGCGGUUAGAGCAGGGGUGUCAAACUCAUUUUAGCUCAGGGGCCACAUGGAGGAAAAUCUAUUCCCAAGUGGGCCGGACCGGAAAAAUCAUGGUAUAUAUAACUUAAAAACAACAACUUCAGAUUGUUUUCUUUGUUUUAAUACGAUCAACAUACAACAUAAAGCUGGAGCCUGAGGACAGUGUGUCCAAAAUAGUACAAGCACAACAUGACUAUUAAUCAUAAAACACGUCAAGUUUAUUUGAAAAUUCAAAAGAAAAAGAACACACAAACACACAAUGCCUCAGUGAUUAACAGAACUGUUUCACAGAUCACAGAACUAUAUCAGGGUGUCAUUUCUCAGGCAGAAAUGUAGAUAAAAAUAAUGAAAUCCUGUUCCCCAAACAAGUGCAAGAACCACAGAGUCAAGAAUAGGUUAAAUAUACAAAUAAAAUCAAUUAAAAACAAUAGCACAUCAACAUAAAAACAUAAACAUAAAUCUGAAAGCGUUGCUCAAACUCCCGUAACAGUCCCGUUAUUUUAUCUUUGAACCGCUUCAUGUCUGCCACAUGUUGGGUCGCGCACACAUUUUUCAGACAGGGGAAGUGAGCUGCAUCACCACCGGCAAGUUGUCUCCCACAAUGACAGCUUCAACUUGAAAGAACGUAUGCUGUCAUAAUACUGCGUGACAACUUUGUUGCGCCCUUGCAGCUGUUUGUUCAAGUUAUUCAGGUGCUCUGUAACAUCCACCAUAAAUGCAAGGUCCUGCAUCCAUUCUGCGGAAUGAAAUUCUAACACUGGUUUGCCCUUUUCUUCCAUGAACUGUUCAAUUUCUUCUCGUAAAUCAAAGAAACGCCUCAGCACAGCACCUCGGCUUAACCAUCUUACCUCAGUGUGGUAUGGCAGGCCAUAGAUGUGGUCUUUCUCUCUGAGAAGGCUGUCAAACUGACGGUGAUUCAGGCUUCUGGAUCGGAUGAAAUUAACAGUUUGGAUGACCACCUUCAUGACGUUAUCCAUCUUUAAUGACUUGCAACACAAAGCCUCCUGGUGCAAAAUACAGUGAAAAGUCAAAAAAUCACGUCCUCCAUUUGAAAAUUGCACUUUCUCUCUGAACUUUGUCACAACGCCUGCUUUUUUCCCGAUCAUUGAGGGCGCACCAUCUGUAGCCAGGCUGACAGCGCGGGACCAGUCCACUCCGACUCUGUCCAGCGCGCCGACGAGUGCGGUAAAAAUAUCAGCUGCUGUCGUUGUAUCUGUCAUCGGCACCAACUCCACGAACUCCUCGGUGACGGUCAAUGUGUCAUCAACUCCGCGGAUGAAAAUGGCCAGUUGUGCAACAUCUGUAAUGUCCGUGCUUUCAUCAAUUGCAACCGAAAACGCAAUAAAUGACUUUACUUUUUGCUUCAACUGGCUGUCCAAAUCCACUGAAAGAUCGGAAAUCCUGUCUGCAACUGUGUUUCUUGUCAGGCUGAUAUUUGCAAAAGCCUGCCGCUUUUCAGGGCACACAAUCUCUGCUGCCUUCAUCAUGCAUGUUUUUACAAAUUCACCCUCACUAAAUGGUUUUGAAGCCACUGCGAUUUCAUUAGCAAUGAGGUAGCUAGCUUUCACUGCAGCAUCACUGAUGUCUCGGCUGUGAGUAAACACAGACUGCUGUUUCUUCAGACCCGCCUUCUCUCAUCUCCGCUGUCCUUGAAAGUUGUCAUAUAUGUCGGCAUGAAGACUCACAUAGUGGCGACGAAGGUUAUAUUCUUUCAGCACUGCAACAUGCUCUGAACACACCAAACAUACAGCUUUCCCAUUCAAUUCCGUGAAUAAAUAGGAUGACAAUUUUUCUUGGAACACUCUGCACUCUGCGUCCACUUUUCUCUUUUUUGACAGAGACAUAUUGGGGCAAUGAGGGUGCCAAAGCACAUAAUGUUAAAAGUAGAAGCCGUAAUAAAUAUCGCGGGCAAAACAAAGUAGCUCAUUGGCUGCACGUGCUUGACCUACUUGCUCUGCCCCGGUAUAAACAGUUUGCUUGCUUAACACAAUUGCUAUUGCGCCAUCCAGUGGACGCAAUUGGAACAGCAGUUUAUUUUAUUGAAAAAUUGCAGCGCAUUUUUAUACUUUACACAAAAAAAAAAACACAAAAAAAUCCGAAAUCAUCUCGCGGGCCGGAUUAAACCCGUUUGCGGGCCUGAUCCGGCCCGCGGGCCGUACGUUUGACACCCCUGGGUUAGAGCGUUGGGCCUGUAACCUAUUUCGAAUCCAGGACCCGACAAGGUGAAGAAUCUGGACGUGCCUUUGAGCAAGGCGCUUAACCCCAAUUGCUCCAAGGUCAAACCCUGGCCAUGACCCAUGACUCUCCAAGGGUGUCUGUCACAGGGAGAGUUGGGAUGUGCAACAAAAAACGAAUAAUAACAUUUCCAAUUCACACAAUGCAUAUUAAUACACACUGGACGAAUAUAAACACCCACCAAAUUAUUAUUAUUUUAACUAGUGCCCUAUGGGCCCCGGUCAAAUGUAGUGCACUUUAUAGGGAUUAGGGUACGACCCUGGCUCCGUUCGAUCUGGUGUUUGGAGGUCUGGGGAGAUCAGAGAGGACUUUGCCGCCAUACCUCUUCAAAUAUUUGUGUAGUUCAUUGAGCAAUCAACAGUCGGGAACAUAAAUAUGUCUAAUCUCAUUUUGGGUUUCAAUCCACUUAGAUUGUUCUUUUGUUUCUUAGAUUGUUGAGUUGUUUCUGGUUUCAUGCCCCUUCCCCUAAUCAAAGUUGUACGUCUGCCACCGACAUGGAAUAUUACUAACCGUUGAGUGAAUAUAUUACUAGACCUUUGGUUUGUGUGAUUCUAGCGAGCAUGCUGUCCAGUCAGCUACUCAUUGUGCGAUAUCCCUGUGAACUUGCAAUCACAGAAAUAGAAUGACCAUACAUUAACUUGAAUGCGGGUCCCAUUCUAUGAAUUGUAUUUCUAUGCUUGCAAUAUCCAUUUGAAAAUGUUUAAGCACAUCCUUUUGUAUGGAAUGGAUUCUUUCCCAUUUCAUUCCAGGCCCAUAAAUCGACUAUCUGGCAAGUGAGACAUCUGCCCCAGAACAGAGACAUCUUUAUGACGGCAGGAGGAGCUGGAAACCUUCAUCUAUGGAAAUAGUAAGUAACUUUAUCUAUUCUUCACUUACUUGGUCAAAUGGAUUUCAAUGUAUAUAACCUUAGAAACAUGUCUCUAUAAUGGUAAACUAGUUAAGACUCAAAAUAAAUGCUCUUCACUCCUGGUUCUGGAGGGACACUGCUGGUACAGUAUAUGGGCUGAAUCCUAACUUGAGAUAAACAUGCAUAAUUGGCAUCAGUGCAUGAUGUACUGUAUGUGAAAGUCUGAGUUAUGCGCUUAUAUCUCAAGUUACAUGUAGGAUUUAGCCCUGAAUGAGUCUAGAGUCUAGACUAGUGUGUAGAUGCAUCCUUGAUUCCUGCUGUCUUCUGUCCUGUUAACAGUGAAUACCCUGCUCAGAUGAUUUACUGUCUUCUGUCCUGUUAACAGUGAAUACCCUGCUCAGAGGAUUUAUUGUAUUCUGUCCUGUUAACAGUGAAUACCCUGCUCAGAGGAUUUAUUGUCUUCUGUCCUGUUAACAGUGAAUACCCUGCUCAGAGGAUUUAUUGUCUUCCGUCCUGUUAAUAGUGAAUACCCUGCUCAGAUGAUUUACUGUCUUCUGUCCUGUUAACAGUGAAUACCCUGCUCAGAGGAUUUACUGUCUUCCGUCCUGUUAACAGUGAAUACCCUGCUCAGAGAUUUAUUGUCUUAUGUCCUGUUAACAGUGAAUACCCUGCUCAGAGGAUUUAUUGUCUUUGUCCUGUUAAUAGUGAAUACCCUGCUCAGAGGAUUUAUUGUCUUCUGUCCUGUUAACAGUGAAUACCCUGCUCAGAGGAUUUACUGUCUUCUGUCCUGUUAACAGUGAAUACCCUGCUAAGAGGAUUUACUGUCUUCUGUCCUGUUAACAGUGAAUACCCUGCUCAGAGGAUUUAUUGUCUUCUGUCCUGUUAACAGUGAAUACCCUGCUCAGAGGAUUUACUGUCUUCUGUCCUGUUAACAGUGAAUACCCUGCUCAGAGGAUUUAUUGUCUUUGUCCUGUUAAUAGUGAAUACCCUGCUCAGAGGAUUUAUUGUCUUCUGUCCUGUUAACAGUGAAUACCCUGCUCAGAGGAUUUACUGUCUUCUGUCCUGUUAAUAGUGAAUACCCUGCUCAGAGGAUUUAUUGUCUUCUGUCCUGUUAACAGUGAAUACCCUGCUCAGAGGAUUUACUGUCUUCUGUCCUGUUAACAGUGAAUACCCUGCUAAGAGGAUUUACUGUCUUCUGUCCUGUUAACAGUGAAUACCCUGCUCAGAGGAUUUACUGUCUUCUGUCCUGUUAACAGUGAAUACCCUGCUCAGAGGAUUUAUUGUCUUUGUCCUGUUAAUAGUGAAUACCCUGCUCAGAGGAUUUAUUGUCUUCUGUCCUGUUAACAGUGAAUAACCUGCUCAGAGGAUUUACUGUCUUCUGUCCUGUUAACAGUGAAUACCCUGCUCAGAGGAUUUAUUGUCUUCUGUCCUGUUAACAGUGAAUACCCUGCUCAGAGGAUUUACUGUCUUCCGUCCUGUUAACAGUGAAUACCCUGCUCAGAGGAUUUACUGUCUUUGUCCUGUUAAUAGUGAAUACCCUGCUCAGAGGAUUUAUUGUCUUUGUCCUGUUAACAGUGAAUACCCUGCUCAGAUGAUUUACUGUCUUCUGUCCUGUUAACAGUGAAUACCCUGCUCAGAGGAUUUAUUGUCUUUGUCCUGUUAAUAGUGAAUACCCUGCUCAGAGGAUUUACUGUCUUCUGUCCUGUUAACAGUGAAUACCCUGCUCAGAGGAUUUAUUGUCUUUGUCCUGUUAAUAGUGAAUACCCUGCUCAGAGGAUUUACUGUCUUCUGUCCUGUUAACAGUGAAUACCCUGCUCAGAGGAUUUAUUGUCUUCUGUCCUGUUAACAGUGAAUACCCUGCUCAGAGGAUUUACUGUAUUCUGUACUGUUAACAGUGAAUACCCUGCUCAGAGGAUUUACUGUCUUCUGUCCUGUUAACAGUGAAUACCCUGCUCAGAGGAUUUACUGUCUUCUGUACUGUUAACAGUGAAUACCCUGCUCAGAGGAUUUACUGUCUUCUGUACUGUUAACAGUGAAUACCCUGCUCAGAGGAUUUAUUGUCUUUGUCCUGUUAAUAGUGAAUACCCUGCUCAGAGGAUUUACUGUCUUCUGUCCUGUUAACAGUGAAUACCCUGCUCAGAGGAUUUACUGUAUUCUGUACUGUUAACAGUGAAUACCCUGCUCAGAGGAUUUAUUGUCUUUGUCCUGUUAACAGUGAAUACCCUGCUCAGAGGAUUUACUGUCUUUGUCCUGUUAAUAGUGAAUACCCUGCUCAGAGGAUUUAUUGUCUUUGUCCUGUUAACAGUGAAUACCCUGCUCAGAGGAUUUACUGUCUUCUGUCCUGUUAACAGUGAAUACCCUGCUCAGAGGAUUUAUUGUCUUUGUCCUGUUAAUAGUGAAUACCCUGCUCAGAGGAUUUAUUGUCUUUGUCCUGUUAAUAGUGAAUACCCUGCUCAGAGGAUUUAUUGUCUUCUGUCCUGUUAACAGUGAAUACCCUGCUCAGAGGAUUUACUGUCUUCUGUCCUGUUAAUAGUGAAUACCCUGCUCAGAGGAUUUAUUGUCUUCUGUCCUGUUAACAGUGAAUACCCUGCUCAGAGGAUUUACUGUAUUCUGUACUGUUAACAGUGAAUACCCUGCUCAGAGGAUUUACUGUCUUCUGUACUGGUAACAGUGAAUACCCUGCUCAGAGGAUUUACUGUCUUCUGUCCUGUUAACAGUGAAUACCCUGCUCAGAGGAUUUACUGUCUUCUGUACUGUUAACAGUGAAUACCCUGCUCAGAGGAUUUACUGUCUUCUGUCCUGUUAACAGUGAAUACCCUGCUCAGAGGAUUUACUGUCUUCUGUCCUGUUAACAGUGAAUACCCUGCUCAGAGGAUUUACUGUCUUCUGUCCUGUUAAUAGUGAAUACCCUGCUCAGAGGAUUUAUUGUCUUCUGUCCUGUUAACAGUGAAUACCCUGCUCAGAGGAUUUACUGUAUUCUGUACUGUUAACAGUGAAUACCCUGCUCAGAGGAUUUACUGUCUUCUGUCCUGUUAACAGUGAAUACCCUGCUCAGAGGAUUUACUGUCUUCUGUACUGUUAACAGUGAAUACCCUGCUCAGAGGAUUUACUGUCUUCUGUACUGUUAACAGUGAAUACCCUGCUCAGAGGAUUUAUUGUCUUUGUCCUGUUAAUAGUGAAUACCCUGCUCAGAGGAUUUACUGUCUUCUGUCCUGUUAACAGUGAAUACCCUGCUCAGAGGAUUUACUGUAUUCUGUACUGUUAACAGUGAAUACCCUGCUCAGAGGAUUUAUUGUCUUUGUCCUGUUAACAGUGAAUACCCUGCUCAGAGGAUUUACUGUCUUUGUCCUGUUAAUAGUGAAUACCCUGCUCAGAGGAUUUAUUGUCUUUGUCCUGUUAACAGUGAAUACCCUGCUCAGAGGAUUUACUGUCUUCUGUCCUGUUAACAGUGAAUACCCUGCUCAGAGGAUUUAUUGUCUUUGUCCUGUUAAUAGUGAAUACCCUGCUCAGAGGAUUUAUUGUCUUUGUCCUGUUAAUAGUGAAUACCCUGCUCAGAGGAUUUAUUGUCUUCUGUCCUGUUAACAGUGAAUACCCUGCUCAGAGGAUUUACUGUCUUCUGUCCUGUUAAUAGUGAAUACCCUGCUCAGAGGAUUUAUUGUCUUCUGUCCUGUUAACAGUGAAUACCCUGCUCAGAGGAUUUACUGUAUUCUGUACUGUUAACAGUGAAUACCCUGCUCAGAGGAUUUACUGUCUUCUGUACUGGUAACAGUGAAUACCCUGCUCAGAGGAUUUACUGUCUUCUGUCCUGUUAACAGUGAAUACCCUGCUCAGAGGAUUUACUGUCUUCUGUACUGUUAACAGUGAAUACCCUGCUCAGAGGAUUUACUGUCUUCUGUCCUGUUAACAGUGAAUACCCUGCUCAGAGGAUUUACUGUCUUCUGUCCUGUUAACAGUGAAUACCCUGCUCAGAGGAUUUACUGUCUUCUGUCCUGUUAACAGUGAAUACCCUGCUCAGAGGAUUUACUGUCUUCUGUCCUGUUAACAGUGAAUACCCUGCUCAGAGGAUUUAUUGUCUUUGUCCUGUUAAUAGUGAAUACCCUGCUCAGAGGAUUUACUGUCUUCUGUCCUGUUAACAGUGAAUACCCUGCUCAGAGGAUUUACUGUCUUCUGUCCUGUUAAUAGUGAAUACCCUGCUCAGAGGAUUUACUGUCUUCUGUCCUGUUAACAGUGAAUACCCUGCUCAGAGGAUUUACUGUAUUCUGUACUGUUAACAGUGAAUACCCUGCUCAGAGGAUUUACUGUCUUCUGUACUGUUAACAGUGAAUACCCUGCUCAGAGGAUUUACUGUCUUCUGUCCUGUUAACAGUGAAUACCCUGCUCAGAGGAUGUACUAUCUUCUGUACUGUUAACAGUGAAUACCCUGCUCAGAGGAUUUACUGUCUUCUGUCCUGUUAACAGUGAAUACCCUGCUCAGAGGAUUUACUGUCUUCUGUCCUGUUAACAGUGAAUACCCUGCUCAGAGGAUUUACUGUCUUCUGUCCUGUUAACAGUGAAUACCCUGCUCAGAGGAUUUACUGUCAUCUGUCCUGUUAACAGUGAAUACCCUGCUCAGAGGAUUUACUGUCUUCUGUCCUGUUAACAGUGAAUACCCUGCUCAGAGGAUUUACUGUCUUCUGUCCUGUUAACAGUGAAUACCCUGCUCAGAGGAUUUACUGUCUUCUGUCCUGUUAACAGUGAAUACCCUGCUCAGAGGAUUUACUGUCUUCUGUCCUGUUAACAGUGAAUACCCUGCUCAGAGGAUUUACUGUCUUCUGUCCUGUUAACAGUGAAUACCCUGCUCAGAGGAUUUACUGUCUUCUGUCCUGUUAACAGUGAAUACCCUGCUCAGAGGAUUUACUGUCUUCUGUCCUGUUAAUAGUGAAUACCCUGCUCAGAGGAUUUACUGUCUUCUGUCCUGUUAACAGUGAAUACCCUGCUCAGAGGAUUUACUGUCUUCUGUCCUGUUAACAGUGAAUACCCUGCUCAGAGGAUUUACUGUAUUCUGUCCUGUUAAUAGUGAAUACCCUGCUCAGAUGAUUUACUGUCUUCUGUCCUGUUAAUAGUGAAUACCCUGCUCAGAGGAUUUACUGUCUUCUGUCCUGUUAACAGUGAAUACCCUGCUCAGAGGAUUUACUGUCUUCUGUCCUGUUAAUAGUGAAUACCCUGCUCAGAGGAUUUACUGUCUUCUGUCCUGUUAACAGUGAAUACCCUGCUCAGAGGAUUUACUGUCUUCUGUCCUGUUAAUAGUGAAUACCCUGCUCAGAGGAUUUACUGUCUUCUGUCCUGUUAACAGUGAAUACCCUGCUCAGAGGAUUAAGAAGGACUCAGAUGAGGUGGACAUGGGCGUGGCCGGCACUGUGAACCUGCUGCAGAACGUCACUCUGUCCACCCAGCCAAUCGCCAGCCUGGACUGGAGCCCCGAUAAGCAGGGCCUGUGUGUCUGCUCCGCCUUCGACCAGUCCGUCCGCGUCCUCAUCGUGACCAAGCUCAACCGUGUGUGAGGUGUACGGUGAAGUACCCCUAGGUGCUGAACUUGGGUCAGUUUUGCAUCCCCCCCCCCCCCCCACUAAUGGGUAUGGUUAGUCCCAGACUGACCUGGACACCACCAGAUGGGGGAGGGAGGAGGGGGGUACAUCAGAAGCAGGUGUAUGAAAGCUGUGGCCAUUCAAUGUACCUAAUUAGCAAAGUAAUGUCGGUGGUGAAGGUGGUGAACACCAGCAGGACUGUGACCCAACUAGCUCUAUAUCUUCAAGGCCUGCUAGUCCAAGUUAAAAUGACUAACAUAACACCCAGUUGGCCUCCAUGGAUGGCAGUGAGAAACUCUGCUCCUCUCUCAUAUCUCCCCUAAAGAGAUAGAGAGAGAGUCUCUCUCUCUCUCUCCUUCUCUCUUUCUAUUUCUCAGCGAGAGAGAUAGGAGGGGAGAGCGUAGUUUGUGUAGAGUCCGGAGAGCUAUAGCGCGCAGAUCUCCAGCUAUCUCGAUCGAAGCUCUCUAUAUCGAGCUCUCUCUUCUAUCUAUCACUCUAUCUCUCUAUCUCUAUCUAUCUUCUCUCUCUCUCUCUCUCUCUAUCUCUCGCUCUCUCUCUCUCUCUCUCU